AACGAGUUUAGGUAGCUACCUACCUGCCUAAUUAAUUGCUCAAUGGCGGAGGGCAGCUUGCGACAACAUGGUUGACUUCUGCCCUUUUUGUUAGCAUUAUCACCUGCGCACUGCUCAAAAUGGCUCCGGAGUCUCGGCAAAAGCGCCGGCGCGAAGCCCAAGGCGCGUCGCAAUUUGAAGCAGACGCGCCAACACCUCGAAAGCGACCCACAGCUGAAGUCUCCCGACCUGAAAGUGAGAAUCCAGCAUCUCGAAGCGAAACCCUGCCGCCGCAGAGAAGCAGCAAGCGCCGGUGUCUAAAUCAAAAUGACAGUGAGGCGGCUGACGAGAGCGGGGUGCACACUGGUGGCGGUCGCACAGAACCACGAAAGAGACGAGGCAGGCCAUCGCGCUCGGCUGGAGAGGUAAAUGCCGAAGUCCCAGCUCUAAGCAAGAAAAGAGGCCGCCCGCCCAGAACCUCUUCUGCGGCAGCAGUUGUUCAAUCGCCAGCUAUAGCUGAAUCCCAACCUAAGCGGAAACGGGGGCGACCUUCCUUGGCCCGAGUCGCUGUUGACGAGGCUCAGAACCAGCAAAUUCCAGACAACUCAAAGCCUGCCAAGAAACGCGGCCGCCCUUCGCUGGCAGAUAAGCAUCAAAUACAGCCACAGGCCGCCUCAAGGCCAGCUCGGGAGUCGGCCGGGGCAGCGAAGCCAUCCGAUGACCUUGCAAAUACCUCGACUGCUAAGGGCCCCCAGAAUUCAGAGUCCAGGAUGAGGGAAUCUUCGAAAUCUCGGCCGAGAAAGCUGCGAAGCUCGGCAGGCGGCGGUCGGGAUGAUGACCCUACUACGGAGACAGACGACGACCCGGAUACACGACAUAAAGGACAGCUGUUUGAAGGAGAAUAUCAAUAUAUCACUGAAAGAAUGGUUACAGUCCCGAGGUCCAAAAUCUCGUCAAAAUGGUUUCCACUUGAUAUUAAUUCCGUUACCGCUGUGCAUGAUAUCCUCCUCAACGCGCAACGUCCAGUUCUGUAUCACCUGCGCCAUGGCCGGCGGCGCCAGGAGCACGCUGCAUCUAUCAUGACAGCUGUGACCAAUCGAUUACAAAGGAAACUAGUCCGAGGUUUGCCAUUCCCACCACCGACUAUCAGCACCAACCGGACGAGCGUUGUUGCGACAGGGCAAGCAUCCAGAUCAGGGCACGCCGAGGAGCUGGAUUACGAGCGUGCUGUGGAUGCAGCUCAGGCUCUCGAGGACCAGCUCAACCCCACGCUGCACUCCGUUGCGCUUCUCAGGGCAGAACUUAAGAAGCAGGAGAAGGCUCUCGAGGAUGAUUAUAAGAGCUUGCGGACGCUGGAGAGCAAUGCACGAGACGAGGCGCGGUCAUGGAAGAAAUCACUGCGAACAACACACAUCUUGGCCCCUGAAGCUAGGCCAGUCUUGUCAAGCAGUGGCAACGAUGGUAAAAGCGAGCGUUGGAAGGAUUUGGAGCUCGUCAUUCCCAAGAGACAGGAUGACAACCUCUAUCAGAACCUCGAGGAUGAGGAGUUGCUCAAGAUAUCGCAGCAGAUAGGGAGUCAUAUGGAUAGUAUGCAAGGAAAUCUACGGCAGGUUGAUGGAAUUCUUCCAGCGAUGGAAAUAACAAAGGCCGCGCUUCACGAUGUGUUAUUGAAACACUCCACCAAGUGUGAGGAGGUACUGCUUGGAUAAGCACGCCUAUACUAGGUUGGGCAAAAGGACCAAAGAAGGUUCGUUUGAUACUUGAGAUGGGGGCAGUAAUGUUAUCGUAUGAAUAAUGAGUCACCAUGUAAACGAUUGACAGUCUGCAAUCGGAGGCUAACGUCUUCGGCUUCGGCUUGUUGGAAAAUCAGACGAGUUCGGACUGGCGAGUGGGUUCUCACGAGAUUGAGGCCAAUGCUUGCCCGAACAGUCAACCAAUUUACUACUUCCAGCGGUGCUACUUAAUAAUCGAUGCGCGUUUGGGCCUAGCACGACGUCGG